GUGAAACUCCCUGUUCACCUCAUCAGCAAGCAGAACAACACUGUGCACAGUUUCUAGCAUCAUACGUGUGUUUGAGGAACAGUGAGACAUGAAGUGGAUUAUCCUUUUAUUCAUCGCAAUUACCUGGUUUUCUACAACACAAGCUGUUGCUGCCAGCUGUGAACAUGUCCUCACUGACUGUCUUCAAAGUGAUGUCCGCUGGGCCAGUUGUUUUGAAGACAGAGUUGUAUCCUGUAGACAAUCACGCAUCAGACCACCAAACUUCAUUAAACAGAUGAUGAACUCAUCUCAAGAGGUUGAAGUGAGUCCCACUCUCAAACACAGGCUACACAUCCCAUCCUCAGCUCUUCAGAGAGGCAGGAGAAAUGUAUCUGAUGAGGAGGUACAGGUGGUGGCCACAGUGAUCAACAGCACUUACUUUAAGCUGUGGACUCCGAGACAAGGAAGGGGGAGAAUGUUCAUACCCACAGUGCCUGCACACAGGCAAGGCACUGUUAUGGGAGGGUUAGUCCUGGCAGUGAUGGUAGGGAACAGUCCUCUCAGAAACCUCUCACAACCAGUCAAACUAACCUUCAAAAAAACCUACAACAACAGCAGCAAACAGAAGCAACGCGGGGAGUGUGUGUAUUGGGAGGAGCUCAAUGACGGAACAGGUUAUUGGAGCAUAGAUGGCUGUGAUACCAGUGACCAUGGAACUGAGUCUAUUUGCAGCUGCAACCACCUCAGUUUCUUUGCUGUGCUUGUGAACCCUGUACUAUCAGUGGAUGAAAUUCACUCUGUGAGUCUUACUUACAUCACCUACAUUGGAUCAGCUCUCUCUGUCUUCUUCACAGUCAUCAGCUUGUUCAUCUAUAUAUGUCUACAACGGCGGCGCCCAGAGAAGGCCAUCAGUGUGCAUAUGCAUCUAACUGGAGCACUGUUCUGCCUCCACCUCAGCUUUCUGCUGUGCAGCUUCUGGGUGUUGAGGUUGAAAGAGAAUGAGGAGAGCCGGGUAUGCCAGUUUCUGGGUCUCUUUUUGCACUGGUCCCUGCUGGCCACCUUCAGCUGGAUGGCUCUGGAGGGAUUCCACCUCUACCUUCUCCUUGUCCGAGUCUUCAACAUCUACGUCAGUCGAUACCUGCUUAAACUCAGCAUGGUGGGAUGGGGUUUUCCCACAGUGAUUGCGGUAGUUUGUGGGAUUUCAGGUGUUUAUGGCAAAUACAGUCUGCAAAUGAAUGAUACAAAAAACCACAGCUUAACAGCAGAGAUAUGCUGGUUGAACAGCAGUUUCCCACAGAUGCUUGUAGUCAGCUUCAUCACUAAUGUGGCCUUUCCAUGCCUGGUGAUACUGUAUAAUUCUUGCAUGCUGGGACUGGUGAUGUUUAAGCUCUGGGGUAUAAGAGGAGGUAGUGGAGGCACUGAGAGCAGCAGUGGCCGGAAGGAGAUGAACAAAGAGAAAAGGAGCAGGUUAUGGAAAGACUGUGCUACAUUGCUGGGCCUCAGCUGCGUGCUUGGGUUACCUUGGGGGUUAGCGAGCACCACCUACAUCUCUCUCCCUGGGAUCUAUGUAUUCACCAUACUAAACUCCCUGCAGGGUGUAUUUAUGUUCAUUUGGUCCAUGGCUUUGACUUGCAAGUCUCGAUCUGACAGGAACUCUUCAAUCAGAGACCCUUCCUCCCAGAAAAUGAUGACAACCAGUUUCAAUAACUGACAUUCACACCUAAAACAAAUACAUUAUCCAUUGCCUAUAUUAGGUGUGUAUUGACCUUUGAACUCCAUUCAUAUUCAAUUAUUCACUUAACUAACAAUAACUUAAUUUGUUGAUAUCUUGCUCUUUCUUUACAUAUAGAUUACACAGAAAAUAAUACAUCAUGAACAGUUACCCUUCUAGUUAUUUAUUGUUGUUUUAAUUAUGAUAUUGUUACAGUUAUAGCCUAUGAUAUCAAAUGUUGUCAAAGAUUUACUGGUGAAUCACUGAAUAAGAAAACUCUUACUUUCUUUUCUUCAAAACUGAACAUUCUAAUACAUAAUCAGAAAGACAACUUUGUAUUUGAAGCAGUGACUACAGUUAGGCACUGAAACUCAAGACAGUGUUUUUAGGGGAUAUUGGUUGCUUCUAUGGUUGACUUAUGUAUCCCUAAAUUUCAAAACACAACCUUUCAUAAAACAAAUUAUCAAAAGUAUGGAGGAAAACAAGUUUGCCUUUGACUAAGUUGUAAUAUCUCCACUAUAUUCUGUAUUGUUAUUAUUAUUAUGGCAAUGUUUCCAUAAACUAACACAAUCUAACAUUUACUUGUCCAGCUGUACAAGUGCUACAGCUGUAUUCACCCAGGUCUUCAAAAAACAUUGGAUUUUGCUAACAUGCUAGCUAGCUAGACAUGCUAGCAUUGGUCAAUUACAGUAGCUCUCCAAAUUUCUAUUUUUUCUGUGCUGUGCUGUUUAUACAUCACAUAUUGUCAUGUAUACAUCACAUAUUGUGAUGUAUACAUAAAGAUUGUACAUCAUUUCAUUCAAUGAAGAGUUACAGCAAAAAAGACUUGGCUGCUAACAGGCUCCCUGGCUCUCUUUUUCCUGAAAGGAUAGCAUUGUCAGAAUAAUCUCUUAUUGGUGCAAAUUCACGUCAGAGUUCAUCUAAGAUCACUGUAACUCCAAGUUCUGCUGUUGAUGCUGUUAAUUUGGAAAUAGCUGUUUUUUGUUUCCCUUGAAUGUGGAAGUGACAACUGUUGUCUAUAUGGCUGCUUCUGUCAGUUUGAACUGUUUCCUGUUUGACCAGUAUUUUGUUGUUCAUUUGUGCAACUGUACAAAAUGUAUCAGUGUUAAUACCUGAGAAACAAAAGCAAGUGGACCCAGA